AGGCACUGGUGAACACAGCAGAGUUAUCUGAUUUAGACAGAACGUUCCCUGCAUGUCCGAGGUGACUCACAUGCUGCUGUGCCCGCGCCCUGCCAUGCCAUGUAGCCUGGGCUUGUUGGGAGCAGCAGAUGAGGCGAUAUCCUCCUCCUGGGCAUCUCCCGACUCCAUCCCCGCGCCACCCGGGCACCUCCGGCUCUCCACAUCACUGCAAUCCUAACCAUGAGACACAAGUAGGAGUUAGAGCCGUGCUAUUUGGGGUUUCGAUAAUCAUUCCGCUCCUUCUGAGCCCACACUCCGCUGUGGGUUUCUCCUGCAGCCUCCAGAAACCAGCACGAGGAGCUCGGUUGGCCUCGGGGUGACGAUAACCAGCCAACCACAAGACCGUUGCAAUGAGUUUUGUGGAAUAUGGCGAUACGAUCAAGGAUGGUGACACAGCUAUUGUGUUCUUGGGCCACGAAUCCAUGUUUCCUGUGAAGGUCCAGCACGGCGGCGUAACUCAGACUAAAUACGGGGUCAUCCGACAUUCCACGGAUCUCAUAGGCAAGAAGUACGGCUCCAAAGUGACCUGCAGUAAGGGAGGAUGGGUUUUUAUUCUUCAUCCAACUCCAGAACUGUGGACAGUGAAUCUUCCACACAGGACACAGAUCCUGUAUUCCACUGACAUCUCUGUAAUCACCAUGAUGUUAGAACUGAAGCCAGGCUCCAUAGUAUGUGAAUCAGGUACAGGCAGCGGAUCCCUGUCCCAUGCUCUCAUCAGGACAGUGGCUCCCACAGGGCACCUGUACACAGUGGAGUUCCACCAACAGAGGGCUGAGAAGGCCAAGGAGGAAUUUCGGGAGCAUGGAGUAGAGCAUCUGGUCACGGUGACCAACCAGGAUGUCUGCAAGAAUGGGUUUGGUGUCUCAGACAUUGCAGACGCUGUGUUCCUGGAUAUUCCAUCUCCAUGGGAAGCCAUUGGACAUGCAAAGUCAGCGUUAAAAGCUGAAGGUGGCCGCAUCUGCUCUUUCUCCCCCUGCAUCGAACAAGUCCAGAGGACCUGCCUAGCAAUGGAAGAGAACGGUUUUACAGAGAUUAACACCUUGGAAAUUCUGCUCCGAGUGUACAAUGUAAGGACAAUUAGCUUGCAAAUCCCCGACCUUGGAAAAGCAGCUGAGGAUAAUUCUAGCCCUGGCUUUGACAGCAGCAACCCAUCAACCCAAGGUAGCCCAGGCACUAAUCUGCAGCAAGGAACAGUGCAGUUCAAAAGCGGCGUGCCGCUGAGGGAGAUGGUGGGUCACACUGGGUACCUGACCUUUGCCACUAAGAGCCUCUUGUAGUACACUUCAACCUGGGGAAGUUCGGAGUGCUUUGUGUGUUUCUGUGCCUUCGCCGUUUUCAUGGUUCCUUUUUGUAGGGCAUCCAAAUUUUUCCUUGUCAGGGAAUUCCAUAUAUAGUCAGAUUUAGUUGGAAUAUGCUUUGUUUAAAUAGCACGCAAGCAUUAACCAGAGCAGCAUCAAGGGAAUGUUGGAACUCUGGAGCAGUGCUCCGCUUGCCGUCAAAGAGACAAAGUAAUAGCAAGUGGCCAUUCACUGGAAUGUGCGGGAUAGAGAUUCCUCCUGAUAAGAAAGUAGAACAGCACACUGAUCACAAACAAGAUGGACUUUUUUCCUCCUCUUUUCUGAAUGACUUCCCAGCUUUAUGCUUUUAUCACAGCACCGUGAGGAGCUUCUCUUGUUAAACUUCUCUGGUGUCUGUGUGUUGCUUUUAGGAAUGUGGAAGGGCUUCCUUGCUUCCCUUUGGAUAUGGAAGUUGCAGAGCCAUAUGGUUGCCUGCAUGGAGGGUCACAGUAUUAGAACUUCCUUGGAAUAGUGUUGAGCUGCACAGAGGGUUGUUGGCAGCACUCAGGAACACAGCCUCGUAUUCCAUUCUGGCAUCUGCAAAUCACUUGGAUUACACAGAGGUCGAAUAAACGUGCUGAUUGUUGGAUUUGGUCUAAUAUGAUAUUGCAAUAGGUUGAUAGUAGAAAAUCAGGCGUGGGUUUGUACUAUGAUCUUCUAAUAGGUCAUCUGCUAUCAGUGUUAUCAAAAUGCACUGAAUCAGCCUCAUUAAUAAAGUUUUUAGACCAUUUACUCUUCAGUACUCCAUAAAAGCUGGUGGGUGGGAUGAACUUUUUGAAUGCUGGAUUGUGUUUUAUUAUUUAAAGAGUAAAAUAAUUAAGAAAAAAAAUGUUGAAGUUUCUCUUUUUAUUUUAUGUCGGUUUUUUGGUCCCAGUUUCACAGUUAUUCCAGCCACUAGUAAUGCCUGGGGAUGUUUAGCUGUGCCUUGCAUUUGGCACCUUAUAUGUUGAUUGUACUAAAAACAGCCAGCCAUAACCUGCUGCCUGAGCAAUUGAACCUGAUAUCCCUCCCCCAAUCUUGACAGAAAUAAACAAAGCUAAGCUUUUAACGUGU